GCUCUGGGUGGGGAAGGGAGGGCUCCACUGGCUGAACCGGGGCCCAGCUGCUCUGGGGCACCUCCCGUCCCUCCCCCGGCCCCGCUCCAGGCCCCUGUCCCCGUCACUCACAGGGUGCCUGUCUCUGUCACUCUGUCACCGGGGCCGCCUGGCUGGGCUGCCAUGGCCGCUGCGCCCGUCUGGACUCCUCUCCUUGUGGGUCUCCUGGCAGGGCUAGGGGGCGCCGAGGCCCAGCAGACCACUCUGCACCCGGUCGUGGGCCGUAUCUUCGUGCACACGCUGGACCACGGAACCUUCUUCAGCCUUCCUGAGCCUGGCGCCGACCCGCCCACUGUCUCUGUCACCUACCACGCCCACCUCCAGGGUCACCCAGACCUGCCUCGGUGGCUUCGCUAUACCCAGCGCAGCCCCCGCCAGCCUGGCUUCCUCUACGGUAGCCCCACCUCAGAAGAUCGCGGACGCCAGGUCAUUGAGGUCGUAGCCUACAACCGGGACAGCUUCGACACCACCCAGCAGAGGCUGGUGCUGUUGAUUGGGGACCCAGAAGGGCCCCUGCUGCCAUACCAGGCUGAGUUCUUGGUGCGCAGCCAUGACGUGGAGGAGGUGCUGCCCUCGACACCUGCCAGCCGCUUCCUCACAGUCCUGGGGGGGCUCUGGGAGCCGGGAGAGCUCCAGCUGCUCAACAUCACCUCUGCCUUGGACCGUGGGGGUCGUGUUCCCCUUCCCAUCGAGGGACGCAAGGAAGGGGUAUACAUCAAGGUGGGCUCUGCCUCACCAUUUUCCACCUGCCUGAAGAUGGUGGCGUCUCCCGACAGCCAUGCUCGCUGUGCCCAGGGCCAGCCUCCGCUUCUGUCCUGCUAUGACACCUUGGCCUCUCACUUCCGAGUUGACUGGUGCAAUGUGUCCCUGGUGGAUAAGUCGGUGCCAGAGCCUGCAGACGAGGUGCCCACCCUGGGAGAUGGGGUCCUGGAACGUGACCCCUUCUUCUGCCCACCCACGGAGGCCACAGCCAGGGACUUCCUGACCGACGCCCUGGUCACCCUCCUGGUGCCUCUGCUGGUGGCCCUGCUGCUCACCCUGCUGCUGGCCUAUGUCAUGUGCUGCCGCCGGGAGGGACGGCUGAAGAGAGACCUGGCCACCUCUGACAUCCAGAUGGUGCACCACUGCAGCAUCCUCGGGAACACGGAGGAGCUGCGGCAGAUGGCAGCCAGCCGAGACGUGCCCAGGCCGCUCUCCACGCUGCCCAUGUUCAACGUGCGCACGGGCGAGCGGCUGCCUCCCCGCGUGGACAGCGCCCAGGUGCCCCUCAUCCUGGACCAGCACUGAGGGCCUGCCCAGCUCCAGGCUUGGCCUCAUCCUCCCUUCUCCUCCGACUGCAGAGCAGCCACCCACCCGGGGCCGCAUCCUUCCUCCUGACUCUGGCGCCUGGCCCGGAGGGCUCCACGCUCGGAACAAGGAGAGAGACGGAAGUGGGGUGGGGUAAGGGUGUCUGGGGUCGGGACCCCCAGAAUAAUAAACACCUGCAGUCUGCCCA